AUUGACGUGGUGACGCCUGUCACCUACUUCCCUCCCAACUCCAUAUAAGCCCUACCACGGUACCACUACCACCGCUACCACCAACUCAUGGUUGCCUCGUUUAAAGAUUACAAUCCUAUAGCAACUGUUCAAGAGCUUGGUUUUCCGGUUAUGACGAUGGUGAUACCAGUUCUGUUGUUGUGUUCCUGCUUGAUUCUUUUGCUUCUUCCUCUUUUUCUUCAGUGGCAUCACUCCAAAGACAAACGCCUCCCUCCUGGCUCUAUGGGUUGGCCUUAUAUUGGAGAAACCCUCAAGCUCUACACUGAGAACCCCAAUUCCUUCUUUUCCAACAGGCAGAAACGGUAUGGAGAUAUAUUUAAGACUCACAUAUUGGGAUGCCCUUGUGUGAUGAUUUCAAGCCCGGAAGCAGCAAGAGUUGUUCUAGUGACAGGAGCACAUUUGUUCAAGCCAACAUAUCCAACAAGUAAAGAAAAAAUGAUUGGACCGGAAGCUCUCUUCUUUCAACAAGGGGCUUACCACUCAAGGCUCAAGAAGUUGGUGCAGGCCUCAUUUCUGCCAUCUGCAAUACGAGGUUCUAUCUCAGAGAUUGAACAGAUUGUUUUGGAGUUUCUUCCUACUUGGAAAUAUGCCACCAUUAACACUUUGCAGGAAAUGAAGAAGUACACUUUUGACGUGGCAAUGAUUUCUGUCAUUGGAGAAAAACAACAGUUGGAAAUGGAAGGAAUCAAACAUCUAUAUAGCUGCUUAGAAAAAGGUUACAAUUCCAUGGCUUUGGAUUUACCAGGCACUCCCUUUCACAAGGCAAUGAAGGCAAGGAAGCAACUGAAUGAGACCUUGAGGAGAUUGAUAGAAAAGAGAAGGAACAGUGGGAAACAAGGAGGAGGCCUUCUUGGUGUUCUAUUAGGAGCUAAAGAUGAGAAGCUUAAUGACUCUCAAAUUGCCGACAAUAUCAUUGGUGUCAUUUUCGCUGCUCAUGAUACUACUGCUAGUAUCCUUACUUGGGUUCUCAAGUAUUUGCACGAUAACCAGGAUAUACUAGAAGCUGUUACGAGUGAACAGGAAGGAAUUAGACAGGAAAUAAUUGAGGCAAAUCGAAGGCUUACGUGGGACGAUACGAGGCGGAUGCCAUUGACCACCAGGGUGAUUCAGGAGACUCUAAGAACAGCAAGUAUACUAUCAUUUACGUUUAGAGAAGCAGUGGAAGAAGUGGAGUUUGAAGGGUACUUGAUCCCAAAAGGUUGGAAGGUUCUGCCUCUGUUCAGAAGCAUUCAUCACUGUGCAGAUUUGUUCCCUCAACCCCAUAAAUUUGACCCAUCAAGAUUCGAGGUGCCACCAAGGCCUAAUACGUACAUGCCCUUUGGCAAUGGAGUCCACUCUUGUCCAGGCAGUGAGCUAGCCAAGCUUGAGAUGCUCAUUCUUCUUCACCACCUCACCAUCACUUACAGGUGGCAAGCUAUAGAAGACGAGGAUGGAAUACAAUAUGGUCCUUUCCCUGUGCCGAAGAGGGGCUUGCCUAUAAGAGUGGCACCAAGGCCUAAGCAAAAAUUUGCAAAAUCUGAUUAGAAAGACAUCCUCCGUUCUCUUGUGCUCGAUGGGGCCAAAAAAGUAACAAAAUUUGGUUGUCCAAAUCUGCUUGUUGGUGGGGAAUCCUAUUAUCAAGUAGUAUAGGUAUUUGCUAGUUUUUAUUAGUGGAAGCUGGGUCUGGGUCUGCAACAAGUUCAUGUCAAAAGGCGUACGUGCCCAAGUCAUUUAUUUGUUGAUGUAAUGUAUAGUGCAGGGAAAAAAGGGAAAAUGGAAAAAGGAAAAUAAAGAGAAAAAGGAAAGAAAAGUGCUUUCGUUUGUGUGUUUUGAAGAUCAAACUUAAAUGUGAAUGAUGUAGCUAUCAAUGUUGAAUAGAA